AUGCAGCCCGUCCGGCCCGCUCUGGACCUUCAGUGUGAGGCCCUGACCUGCACGGGGCAGGCCUCGCGCUCUCACAAGCCGCGGCGGCAGCUCAGCAAGCGGCGGCCCGCUGCCUCUAAGCGCCGCGGCGCGCCGCCGCGCUCAGCGGCGCGCAGCCCCACCCUGCUCGACUGCCCGCCCGCCCCGCUCACGACGACCGCGGAGCGCUGCGCGCGCGCAGCCGCCGACGCGCAGGAUGUGGACGCGGCGACUGCGGCGCUGGCCUCGUACGGUCUCUCCAUUUGGAACCUGGAGUGGUUUGAGGCCAACCACAACAACUAUCACUGCCAGGCGGACUCUGCCGCGGCCACCGCGGCCCUCGGCGCCACGGCCGCGGCGCUCGGCCUGCAUGCGCACCCGGCGCUCGCCACAGGCGGCGACCACAGCGACGAGCCAGGCUGGGACGACCCGGAACUGGAGGCCCUGUCAGCGCAGUGGCAUCAGCAGCAGCUGCAGCAGCGCGAGUGCCAGCAGUUUCACGACCAGCAGGAGCAGCAGCAGACCCAGCAGGACUGGCCACAAAGUUGGCAGCAGCAGCAGCAGCAGCAGCAGACCCAGCAGCAGCAGCAGCAGCAGCAGCUUGACCUUGGCCUUAUCAAGGCAGAUGACGACAGCAGCGAGCCCGGCUGGGACGACCCAGAGCUGGAGGCACUCGCUGCACAGUGGCACCACCAGCAGGCGCAGCGGCGGCUGUCCCACGCGUACCAAGCAGGUGGUGUGGCGCCAUCUCCGUGA